AUGUGUAGCAUAGUUGAGGACGAUUUUGGAGACGAAGGUGGAGCGCAUGGAAUGAAGGAGGACACUCCAACACCAGAACUAGCGCCCAACGAGAUGUGCCGAAAGUGCAAUACAGAACUGGCCGUCUUGAAGCUGAACCUGAAGGAACCGCAAUGUCGUGCUUGCUUUUUGAACUACGUCCGCCAUAAGUUCCGAGCCUCGCUAGGCUCGACGAAAAUAGUCCGUCGAGGGUCCCGUGUAUUAGUUAUUUUUAAUGGAACGCAAGAAAAUGUAACCCUUCUCGACAUGAUUCGAUUCGGGUUAGAGCAGGAUUCCUUCAAACAGCUGCGAAUAGUUCCCAUUCUGCUGUUCGCCGAUGACGACUUUAUCAGUGCAGCAGGUUCAACGAGAGUAGAACUGUUAUCGAAGCGUUUGAACGUUCUCAAACAAUUCAAAAGCUUUCCAGCAUACUACACAGUGUGCGGAUCGUCGAAGUGCGUCGAGUUACCAGCAGAACACGAUGGUAUGUUUUCUCCGAUCGAUUUCGAACAAGAUGAACGGCGAUUGAUGGACGUGCUUAACGCGGUUCGAUCUGUAACAUCGAAGCAAGAUUUGUUGGAACAAGUUCGUAAACAAACGUAUCGUGCUAUCGCUAAAACACUUAACUGCAGUUACGUAUUUCUGUCAGACAUCGGCAUUGAUCUUGCUAAAACGUUGCUCUCCAAUGUUGCACUUGGUCGGGGCUGUUCCUUGUCUCAAGAUGUUGCUUUCUGCGACGAUCGCGAUGAUAUUAAACUAUUGAGACCAAUCCGUGAUCUGAAUCCAGAUGAAAUAGACAACUAUAUCCGAUUCUGUGAGACAAAAUUGGACUUCCUACCACCCGAGAAGUUUUUCCAAGACAAGCCCAGCUUACAAAAUUUAACAGCGAAAUUCAUCGACAACCUUCAGCAGAGCUUCCCGUCAACGGUCUUUACAGUUUUUCGUACUGGUGAUAAACUGGAUGUACCUAAGCCGUCUUCGAAUACCACUUGCUAUUUUUGUGGCGCUGUGCUAGACUAUCGAGGAUCGAAAACAUUAUUUGCUACAGAGUAUUCGCGACUCGUCUCUUCUCGAAUAAAUGCGGCUUGUAGCCAUGAGGAUAUAUUGCUAAAGUCGAAACAAAUGGAAAAGGAUGCUGAAAAUGCUGUAAACGGCGAACAGGAUGACCAGCGUCAGCUUAUGAAGCAUCUGUGCCAUGGAUGCAGGAAUAUUUUUGUUGAUAGAGAUUGUUGCUGA